AUGUCUCUGAGGACCAAUGCUGUGGUUAUUAAGCCCGAGCCUCAAGAGUUUACGAUGCCCAAUCCUUUGGUAUCUUCUAUCAACACCUAUCCUCCCUCCAUAGUAUCAAAUGGUGUCAAACCAGAACCAGGUCCUGCCGAUGAUGUUGCACGAGUUAAAGCGCGUCCUUCAAGCACCGGCACCCUCAAAGCUGAACCAGAGACGCGUCAAGACGCGCCAUUCGGCUUAUCUUCCUCGCUGCCUGAGACUCAGAAGCCGGAGAUACUGUAUUCUGUUUACGAUUCAGCGAGUGACAUCCCCUAUAGCCCGGAAGGCGCGCUCCAAGAAGGCUUGGGGAUGGUGAGGAGCAUUCAGCAGAAGUUAGAGAAAUUAGAGCUGGGUAGCAAACUACGACAGGAUGUUUGGCAUCACCUCCGAGGACAAACUGCUCCCAAGACUCUCAUUGCCAUAUGCGGGGGCAGCUACGGGAGCUGGCAAGUCGUCUAUUCUCAAUGCCAUCCUGGACGGUACGCAUAUAUUCUGGAAAUAUACCGCUUGUCCUCACAUCUCUCCCGUACAGACAAUAUUGUUCCCACCAGUGGAAUGCGGGCAUGUACUGCCGUUGUGACCGAAAUUGCGUACCACAACAAACCGACUAUUGAUGCUGACCUGAAUGGAAAGCAGAAUUAUCCGUCCUUCUUCAAGACCUUGUCGAUGAAGAUGGAACCAUCAAACGUAGCACCUGACUUGAAAAGUGAUGCCGGCGUUGCAUGGCAAAAGAAAUCGCAGGCCAUACUGGGAGCUACCAAAAACAUAGUUGCCAGGAACUCCAAAGUAUUUGCCACCGAAAUCGCCAAGUACAUUGAUUCGAAGGACCAGAGUCGCGGCAAGAAAGACAAGAAGAAUAAGAAGGACAAGCGGGACGUGGAGAAAGAAGAGAAGAAGGGCCAGACUAUCAUGGAAAAGAUUCAGGCUGCUGCCGGCAAGAAGAAUGGAGAGAAGGCUACCAAGAAGAAAUCUAACAGGCAAGGAAUCGGAUAUCAAGGACGUACCAGCUCUUUGGCCUCUUAUUCGCCAGGUGUUGCUGACGCCAAUGCGGCGAGAAACAAUAUAGCGAAAGACUAUAUGAAAACUUGCGCAUGUAUUUGGAUCUUGGCCCCGAUUACCAGAGCGGUGGAUGACAAGACAGCUCGAGACUUGCUGGGUGAUGCGUUCAAGAUGCAACUGAUGAUGGCUAUGAUGUCCAUGCCAUUACCUUCAUUGCGAGCAAAUGCGAUGAUAUUUCUUGUUCAGAAGUCAUCAGAGCGCUUCAUUUGGAAGACAACGACGAUCUUGUGGCUAUCGAGGAUAAGAUUGAUGACAACAAAGCGCAGUCAAAGGGAUUGGACCAAGAAGAAAAGCACUGCAGAAAAGCAGAUUAAAGAGGUUGAGGCUACAAUCAAAAACCUUCGUCAGUAUGCCGGUGAAUACGAGAAACACCUGAAGGCUAUCAAAAACGGUGAAAUCUUCGUCCCUCGUUUAACCUCCAAGCAAAAAGUUGCCUCUGGCAAGAAGAGAAAAAACGUUCGAGGUGGUAAGAAGGGAUCUCCAAAGCGACGCCGAAGUGUAGACGACGAGGGUUCCUCUUCCGACAGCGACAAUUCUGAGUCUGACGAAUCGUCAGAUACUGACAGCGAUAGCGGCUCCGACAGUGACAGCGACUUGAAUUCUGACGACGAUUCGGACAACGAUGCAUCAAAUUCCGAGGAUGCCGAUGAACUCCAGGACCAAGAGACAGAAGAAAGUUUAAAGGCCAAGAUCAAGGAGACGAAAGCUAGCAUCAAAGAGGCGCGCACUGUCAAGUCUGAUCUUCAGAAAGAGAAAAAGGCGGCGAAUGAUGAACUUGCGACAUUGAAAAAGACUCUGGCGAAGUUGCAGAAGGAGAAAAAUGCGUUUUGUUCGUUGAAACGAUCUGAGUCCCUCUCUGACUUGCCCCAGUUCUCUCGUGAUGUCUUGAAGGAAGAUUUCCGUGUUGGACUUAAAGAUCUCGAUGAUGCUGCUGCUGAAGAACGUGAUCCAGACAAUUUCAAUCCCUCUGUCAAUAUUCGGGAUUAUGAUGCCAUCGAUCUUCCUGUCUUCACUUGUUCCAGCCGGGACUACGUCAGGUUGACCAAACAAGUAGAGGGCGAUGGUGGACCGACAUGCUUCUCUAAUGUUGAUGACACUGGUAUUCCCGCACUUCAGAAGUGGUGCCACGCCUUGACUCUCUCUUCUCGCGAGCGGAGCGCCCGAAAUUUCCUUGCUCAUCUCCAGACUUUCUCCGUGUCCAUUCAAACGUACGUGAAUGGUAUCAGUGGUGUGACCGCUACAGAUCGAGAGGCUUUACGCUCCAAAUGGCAGUCAACAGAGGUAGACCUAGAUCAGGAUGAUCGAUUCCAGCUCGAUGACGAUGAUCCUUAUGCUGCCAUCCUAGGGGGCGGCCUGUAUAGUAUGAAGGAGACGGCUCCUAAAGUCGACGCUUAUGGCGAAGCUGUAGGAAUCACGCCGAGACUCGUAAAGGACUUCACCAAAGUCGUUGAAGACAAUGUUGAAAACCUCAAGGAAAAGUUCCGCGAAGGUUUAGAAGACAAAUGCCGAACCGGAGCUGUCCAGGCAUCGGCGGCGGCUGUCAUGACUUCAGAUGAAUUUGCAGCUUCGAUGCAUUGGGGUACUUACCGUGCGACUCUUCGUCGCCAUGGGUCCUUUCGUCGAGACCUCAACGUUGAACUUCUCGCUCCCUUUACAAAGAAUAUCGCAGCUUCGUGGGGCAAGCUUUUCGAGACGGAUCUGUUUGAGUCAUUCGAGAAGGCGACUCUACAGACAAUACGGAGGCUUCUCAUGGAUGUGGAAGAUUCUGCGGCACCUGGUCUUAAGGAUCGAACAAAGAUACAGGGAGAACUGUGCUUGGAGGAAGCCAAGGUUGCGCUGAAGAAGAGCAUGGAUGUGGUGUCAGAGUCCAUGGCGAAUGAACAGAAGGAGAUUUCAAGGUGUCUCGCACCGCAUGUACAGGGCGAACUGACUCCUGGGUACGACCGCGCAAUGGAAGAGCGAGGCACGGGAAGUGUGGCGAGACAAAAGGCUUCUUUCCAUGACUUCAUCUCCGAAGCCAGGGAAGACCUAUUCGAAGACGGCGUGGAUGUGAUCAUGGAGAGGCUGGCAAGCGCUGCAUCCGCUGUGGGUGAUGGUCUUGCUUUGUCUCUGGGUGAACUCGCGCAGAAAAUUGAGGUCAAUCUCGCUGUCCUGUGGGAAGGUGCAGGAGAUGAUCCCCAGCAAGUGUAUGCGCGUCGAGCUAUCGUUGCUGAGGUGGAGAAGGUUCUUGGACAGGUUGAGCUGUGGAAAGAUGCAGAGAAGUUGAAGAAGGAGCGAGACCAAGAAGAUUUGCUUGCACGGGAGCUAUUGGUGGACGAGGACGUCGAGAUGAAUGAUUGA